UAGAGGAACGGUCUUCUCUAGAGCUCUGGGAAGAAAGAAAUUAUUUGCAGGCUCACGUUCCUCCCUUUCCCGGAAAACUUUGACAUUCAUGAUGGAUCAUCCCAAUAUGACCCACCCUCUGCUUGCUGCUGUCAGUCGUAGCACUGAAACAUCCACUACUGAGAAGAGUGGAGGGAAUGGAAAUGAAUACUUCUAUAUCCUGAUUGUGAUGUCCUUUUAUGGAAUCUUUCUCAUGGGAAUAAUGCUGGGCUACAUGAAAUCCAAGCGAAAAGAAAAGAAAUCUAACUUGCUGCUGCUUUACAAAGAUGAGGAGAGGGCGUGGGGUCAAGCCAGCAAACCUAUUUCGACCAUCUCAGAACUGAAGUCCAUCCAGAUCCCAAUGAUGUUGAGCAUGCUGCAGGAGAGCAUGGUGCCAGCUUUCUCCUGUACCCUCUGCUCCAUGGAAGGGAGCAGUGUGAGCGAGUCUUCAUUGCCAGACGUUCACCUCACGAUCCAAGAGGAAGCACCUGAUGCAGAACUGGAGGCAACAUCUGAAGCACCCUUUCUGAAUGGCAGUAGUGAAGGGUCCUCAGAAAGCAUCCACCAAAACUCCUAGCACUUGCAGGCACUGGAGUGGCAGCAUUUUCUGAAAGAGCAGAGGGCAAUGUUUCCAGAUUUGCUUCCUACUUUAAUCAUUUACCCACCAGAGAUAAAAGGGGUGGCCUAUGUGAUGCUGGAAGCAGGAAGGGGAGAUAUCCAACGAAGAUGCUACUGAGCAAAUCAUUGCAAUGUAUUAGGGAUUGCCUUCGUUAUUAAGGAAAGGAUGAAAAUUUCUAUCAAAGAAAAUAGUAGUUUUUGUAGCCUUUGCAUACUCUAGAACCCUGCAAGUGUCUGGGAGACAGAUGCAAUCACCAGAAUAUCAAGAGCUAGCCUGAUGUGUUUGUAUUUCACUACAGAAAAUGAUGGUAUUCCUUGAGGAGGACUCACAGACAAGAAGUGACACUACGGAUCAAGGGCAGGAGUUAUGAAAUACAAUGGGCUAGGCACAUGUGGGAUGUAAGACGUGUAAAGGGUAGGCUUGGGAAAGGAUAGCUGAGCGGGAUUGCUUUGGGGGGCAAGGAACAAUGAAGAAAUGGAUCUGCAUCUAUUCAUACCGGCAGAGAGCAUAACAAUUCAUGGAGCUGCUCAACCACCUUUUAUUUCAACAGUGCAGUUUUUUGGAGCAAACCUGAGUGAAAUGAAAGGAGACUUUGUAGCACCAGUAUCUUGUGGAUGUAGGUUGGGUUAGCACUGCAUCAUUCAUUUUGCAUGUGAUGCAUGCAUUCCUGCAGAUUGAUGGGGGCCAGGCUUCUGUCCCUUUGUUUUUCCUUUUUUAAUCCUAUCUGCUCAGCAUUCCUGUUUGGUUAGGGCAGGAGUCUCAGAA